AUGACUACCCCAGAGAUCAAGAAUGUUAUCGACAGCAAGACCUUCAAGGUCUUAACCCCCGAACAGAUUGAAUCAUUCAUGAGAUUCGGGUACCUACGCCUCCCUGGAGCCAUCCCUAUCGAGAAUUGCGAUCGCUGGACAGAGCACGUCUGGGAACGCCUGGGGAUGGACCCCGAUGAUAAAUCCACCUGGCAUACGGAGCGGAACCACAUGGCUAAGUUGGGUGUGAUUCCCGCCAGGGAGAUAGCGCCGCUUGCUUGGGAGGCAAUAUGCGAGCUUUGCGGAGGAGAGGAUGUGAUUGCCAAAGGUGGUGAAAUGUGGACGAACGGGUUCAUUGUGAACUUGGGCAGCGAGGAGAUCGAGGGCAAAACUACUCCGCCCAAGGAUCUAGAGCUGUGGCAUGUUGACGGUGACUUCUUUGUCCAUUUUCUGGAUAGCCCGGAGCAAGCCUUGCUAGUCAUUCCAUGCUGGACCGACGUUGAAUCAAAUGGGGGCGCUACCUGGAUCUGUGAUCAAGGGCCAAAAAGGAUCGGAAAACAUCUGUUUGAGCAUCCGGAAGGUCUGAGCCCUGUGAUGAGGGCCCGGGAUGAACCUUACAAGCCUUAUGCCUCUUACAAUCAUUGCGUUUCGGUCAUUCGUGAUUGUCCGGACGAAAGCUUUCAUGAGAUGACGGGCAAGAAGGGGGAUGUUAUCCUCAUGCAUCCACUUACCCUCCAUAGCGUGAGCCGAAAUGGCCGGCGUCUCAAACGCAUCAUCUCCAACCCGCCCGUCUCUCUUGCGGCGCCUUUUCAGUUUAAUCGAGUGAAUAAAGCUGGCCACAGUCUCAUCGAGCUUAAAACUAUACAAGAUGUCGGUGGUGGGUUCGAAAAGUUCAGGGAUUGGAAAAUUACUGGUGCACGGGAAAAGUUUGCCCCCUUGACUGUUCCUGACAAAGAGAAAGCCCGUGACCAGGAGGUGCAGAGACUUCUCGACCUGGGCAUUGCAGUUGGGGAGCCCAUCAGCCAGAUGCCUCACUCUAUGGUCUAUUCAUCUUAA